GCAGAGCUGGUGGCGCCUGGCAGGCGAUCGGAGGGCCGCCGAUGGCGGGACGGCCUGGCAGCCAUGGCGGCAGGAUCUCUCCUUCUCCUCUUGGCUGCGAGCAUGCACUCUAGCUCCUCCUCUUCCUCCUCCUCUGCUUCUGUUCUCUUGAGCCCCCUCGAGGUUGGACGGUAUGCUGUUCGGGCUGAAAGGCAGAGCAAGGACUACGACGAGAAGGCGGAGAGACAGAUCGCCUUUGCCACUGACAGCGAUAACUCGGCUACGAGCGAGAGAGAGCUUGCAGCCAAGGAAGAGAAGCGAGCAAGAGAGUCAGCCUACCUUGCAGCUGAUAUUAAGUCAAGGAUCGACAAGAUUCUUGAGGCUGGAAGGGACCAGGUCAAUCAAGCAACCAAGUUGAAGGCUAAAGCUGGAAGACUUCAGGAAGAGGCAGCAGAGAUCCUCAAGAAGGCCUCGUUGGAGAAGGAUGACGCCGGUUCCUUGAAAGAGAAGUAUUACAAGACCAUGGACACUUAUGGAGAGGCCGUGAAGAAGAUCGAUUCAGCUACCCAGAACGCGCAGGCGAUCCUUGACCAGAUGAAUGCUCAGUCACUCGUGCUCGCUCAGAUCGCCACCGAGUAUGGAGUCGCAACCGACCAUGGAAAGAAUCCCGAUGCAAGCACCGCCGAGGCUCUCCGCUCCCAGCUCCUCCAGGCCCAGAAGGACCUUGCUGCCAUCACAGCAAAGAAGGCGCAGGCGAACGAGGACACGGCGACUGCUCGCAAGCUGGCUGACGAGUACCAGCCCAUGAUCAUCCAGGCGGAGAAGGACAAGAGAGAGUCUGACUUCCACUUCCAGACCUUCGCUCAGCUCACGCAUCAGGCUGAUGUGCUGCAGAACAGAGCAGACGCGCUCCUGAAGCGUGCGGACAGCACUGAUGGGCUCAUCGACGUGACUCAGGAGAACCUGAAGAAGAAGCGGGAGCAGUUCGAGCACUACAAGAACCGUGCUCAGACUGAGAUGGCGAUCUCACUACAGGCUGAGGACAAGGAGGCUGAGCUGAGGAAGCAGGCGAGAGAGGCUCGACUUCGUGCCGCCAAGCUCUCCGAUGAGGCGCGCAGACUUCGUGCUCUGGCGCAGAAGGGAGUCAACAAUGUGCUCGCAAGUGCUAAGGAACCCGAGACGCAAGAAUCGUGAGCACAGACAAUCGUCCGACGCGUUUUGUGUGACUUAGUCUCCUCAUGCUUGUUUAAACGUGAUGCUCUCAGCUAUGAUAUUGUUUGGAGAGAUGUGUUAAAUAAACCGCCAUUUCAUG